AUGUCGCUGGAGGAGCGCGUGCUGACCGACGGCGACAUCGUCAGUCCAGGUCUCAACCCGGCCGCUCCGUUCGGCCCGGCGAGCAAGGCGCUGGAGUUCCCCGACUUUUUGCUGGGCGACUGGACGGUCACGAGCACCUUCACGAACUUCCGCACGCCGCUCGGACCUCGGUUCGCGCAUCCAGGUAGUGCCGAGGCGGCGCGCAGGCCCGCGUCCGAGGGCGGCGUCGGGUCGACGACCACGUACCCCCUGCGCUUCGUGCGGACGCAGCCUGGCGGCCCCGUGCAGUCCGACCGGCCGUUCAACGCGCGGUCCGCGUUCAACGCGCGCACGAAGUCCUUCCUCGGCUUCGAGGCGGUGUUCGACGCCGAGUACGACCCAAAGUCCCCCAACAACAAGCUCGUGCUGACCUUCAGCACCCUGGGGGCCGACCUGCGCCCGCUGCCGCCCAAGCGCCUGGAGGUGGGCAUCAACAACCGCGCGUCCGGGCCCGCGGCGGCGGGCGGGGACCGCGCGUGGUGCGCGUCGGAGUUCUGCCGGCAGGUGCUGGUGGCCCCGCGGCGCGUGGAGGUGGAGGAUUACGAGGUGUUGUGGCGGUGGGAGGUGGAGCGGGACGGGGUGGUGCGCGCGCGGCAGCGGCGGGCGGAGUAUCUGCAGCCGCAGGACCAGCUCUACUUCGACGCCAAGGGCCGCGCGAUCGCCGUGUACGACUACGACGUCACCAUGUGUCGCGUAGACGCGUGA